CGCAGGUAACGAGACAGCGCUCCUGUCCGGCCCACAGAGGCUCGGAUGAGGAAGUAGCCACAUUGAUAGGAGCGCUGAACUGGACCGCUUAAAACAAACAAAAACACAAAGUUUCACCUGGAGUCGCUGCAGCCAUGAAGCUCCGACUGCACUUCGUGGUGGACCCCAUGGGCUGGCUGUGUAUCAGCAUGGUGUUUGGGAUUUGGCUCUACAACAGUUUCUUCAUUCCCAAACUGGUUCUACUACCACACUACAAUGAAGGGCACAUCCCUUGGGCCAUCGUGGUUUGUUAUUACAUAGCGUCAGCACUCUGCAUAGCGGCGCUGUUCAGAGCUUCCACGGCGGAUCCUGGUCGUCUUCCUGUGGACCCCCACAUACCUCACUCAGAGCGAGAGCACUGGGAGUUGUGCAACAAGUGCAACUUAAUGAGACCUAAACGUUCUCACCACUGCAGUCGGUGUGGCCACUGUGUGCGCAGAAUGGACCACCACUGUCCUUGGAUCAAUAACUGUGUGGGAGAAGACAACCACUGGCUCUUUCUGCAGCUCUGUUUCUACACUCAGGUUCUCAGUUUAUUCACCCUGGUGCUGGACUUCUGCCAAUACUACUACUUCCAGCCUCUGACAGAACUCGACCAGGAGAAGUUUACAACACGCCAUGAACUGGCUCUGCUGCGAGUCUCAGCGCUCAUGGGUCUGGUCAUGUUUGGUGGCAUGUCCAGCUUAUUUUACACUCAGAUGACGGGCGUCCUCUCUGACACUACCACCAUUGAGAAAAUGGCCCACUUCUCAAAUGAGAUAUUUGGCUCAAAGAGAACCUGGCAGUGGGCACUAGCUGAAGUUUGCGGCACUCGCUGGAAACUCCUGUGGUUCAUCCCGCUCCGAAGCCGGCAGCCGCUUCAGGCCAGCCACCACUUCCGCACCCACGUGUAGGUCGGUAGCACUCCAGCACCUCCUACCUGCACAGACGGUCGGCUGCCACGGUGAAACACUGUAAACACACUUAAGAAUCCAUCUGCUCGCCUUCACCAUCCUCUUUCGUGCUAUGGGAGCUGGGCAGCAGUCUUGGUUUGUCAGUGGAUACUUUAAGCUUUUUUUUUCUCCUUUUUUAGUUUUUUUAAUUUUUAAUUUUGCCUUUCACUACAAGACCCAGACUGGCAGUAAACAGGGUCAAGAAUCACCUGUGGGAGUGAUGGGAAAUUGUUGCUUUUUUACUCACUGUGAAUGCUACUUUCAGCAUUUGGAAACCACUUUUAAUGGCUAAUUGCAUCAGAAGGACGGAAGUCUUCACUUGAAAUCAGCUGGGACCCCUCUCAGGUUACUUUAAUAAAGAGCCUUCACUACUGACCUUUAAUCAACUACAGACAGAACUAGGGUAACUCCAGUGUCUAUUAGAAAGGCAUUUUUUGUAUGAAUUUUGUGCCUUGUUUAUUUUAACUCUGUCCAUUUGAUUUGUUGCGCACAAGAAGUGUUUUUGUUUAGUGUUUCCUGGUUGGUUAUCUUCCAGUUUGGAACGCUGAAGGAACCUGGCAACAACUGCAUUCCUGCAAUUGGUAAUCAUGUAAUGAUCUCUGACUGGUCCUGGCAUAGUUCUAUGACUGUUUAUCUAUGAAGUAUUGUUUUAUGAAGCAUGGCCACAGAACAAAGUUCUUUACCUUGACUACUGAUAUGAUAUGACAUUAUUAUGACAAAUGACCAGCCGUACAUGAAGACGUGUGUAAUAGUAAGCAGUCAACACUUCACCGUGUGCUGGUGGAGGUUCCAAAAUUAGAAAGAAGUUUAUACAAUCAAUCUUGGGCUGUAGACGCUGUUGUCAAAGCUGCUGUGUAAUCGAGUAGUUUCUCUCAGUAUAACAAACAUUUCGCAGCCAGUUGAUAUCUGAUCUGACCACUAUCUGUUGUGAAAUCCUUAUUGCAGGUGUUUAUCAUAUACUGUCAUCAAAUAUCCCCCGUUUGUCCUAAAACACUAGUUUGACAUUUUGGGAAAUAUCAUAAACUUUUUUCCUGCAGUUAGAGGAGAAGAUUGACUCUCAUGUUCGUGGCACAGGAGCUUUGAACCUGGACAGCCUGUGGCUAGCUGGUUAGCAUGCUAAGCAUUGCAAAAAUAUAGAUGUUAUGAUGUCCAAACUGUUAUUCCUCCACAUGCUGUCACUAAUCUUAGUGAAGUCUGGAACGUUUUCAAUGAAAUUCCUACAUACGGCACCUUUAAAAUGAAUAGUCUGCUCCACUUUUGAGGGAAUUGGUUUUCACACAGCCAGCGGGUGUUUAGCUUAGCUUAGCUUAGUUUAUCUUAGCAUUAAAGUCAUAAACACCCUGUAAAACCACAGCUUUUUACAUUUAUGCUUAACAAGAUUUAAAUCCCAAUUAGUGAGCUGUUGACAGGUUAAUUUUGUACUUUUUACUAAGCGAGGCUAGCUGUUUCCUCCUGUCUUUAUGCUAAGCUAAGCUAAGCUAGCUGCCUGUUUACUGAAAUUGAUUUGUCGUACAGACAUGAGUGGCAUCAAUCUUCUUGUCUAACUCUCGACGGAAAGAAAAAAAAAUCCCCAAAUAUUGUACUAAUCUUUUCAAUUGUCUUUUUAGCGUAAGUUUGCUCUGUCUUUUAAGCACUUCUUUCAUUUUAGGUCUGCUGACCUUAUGAAUUGUUAUUUAUACAUUUUAGUGCUACAUCUGUUAUAGUUGUGUCUUUAAUGUGUCUAAACCUGUGGCUUUAUAAAUACCAACCAUUAUAUGAAAACUAGCAGAUUAGCCUACAUGUGGUGACAUACAGCUAGUCAACACAACACGACACAACUUUUGACAAUUUAUUUAGUGUUUUGCUGUAACACUACGGUACUGUUAAGAGAUUUUAUUGAAUUCUUUAAGAGUAUACUUAAGGAUAACAUGAUUCAGUGCAAAGUCAUACUAGCAUAGCGUGGUUGUCCCGGUCUGUAAUACUUGGCAAUCCCAUAGCUAAACCUGUAUGUUAGCUAAGCUUGCCAUGUGUGGGUAUAUAAUACAUUAUCCAAGCAGUUUAAGUGCCUUUCUAGGUCUUCUUUUUACUCUCAUACUACAUCACCAUCACGCUGGUCUCCGUUAAAGCCAAAGACCUGGGGAAAUGUUGCAAUAGUCAGCGAGCAUUACGUAAAAAUGCAUGUUUCACCAAAUUUCUGAAGGUAGCGGUUUGAUAUUAUGCACUGAUUUACACGUUAGCACUCUGUUUUACUGCACCACUGGCACUCUUGAAAGAAAGUCUUUACUUGAAGUUAUUAUACUCGAUGUUUAUCCUCUGUUUUAUUCAUAUCCUUGAUCUUGAUUGUUGGCAUUUGCAUGAGCGUGUGUUGAUAAAUUUGCUCAGUGGUUUUUAUAACUCAGAUUCAGGUUCUUGGAUGUUUGUGUGAACAAGUAUUAUAACUAUAUAUAUAUUUUUGUGGUGGUGGUGUUGGUGGGAUGUUGGUUUGGCAAAUGUGUGAUUGGUAUUUAAGAAGGGGGACUGACAGAUUAUGUUUACUGUUUAUUUGUUGUUGUUCUGUUUGUUUUUUUUUUACAAAUAACUUUAUGAAAGCAAUAAGCAUUGUGUUUCUGCCAUUUCUCAUUGUAACAUCAGUCCUGAAAAUCUGACAUGUAUUGUGACGCAUAUAAACCGGUCGGAGGAUUUUCGCUCGUUACUCACUAACCGCCGGCUACCUGACUUAAUUGUUUGUCAGUUUGGAUGAACGCUGCUGUAGCUGCUGCGUAUAGUUUUACAGAACAUCUUCAGUUAACGGCGUGUCAGCUGCGACGCCUCUUGCCGGCUCGAGUUCAUCUGAUUUCAACCCCGAGCUGCUGCAGUAAAGAGGUGUGAGCGUGUCAGAGAGAAUCUCCUGACAGCCAUUUGUCCCGGUGUUCCCCAGGGCUCUCAGUUCGGACCGGUGCUGUUUUGUUCACAUUGUUAAUUUGCUGCCCGUUGGAAUGUGUUUUAUUUUCUAAGCUUUAUUUUUGUUUAAUUCAGACCUCAAACACUGGAACAGUUAUGUUUUGUGAAUUAAAUGAACACAACAUAAAAUAUCCUAUCCAUUUCCUUAUGCAGAGGAAGCAUAUAUAUAUAUAUAAAUAUAAAAAAUCAUUGAUUUAUCACGAAAAGCUGUAUAAAUUGUGAUUAUUGACAAUAUCAUAUCGGCAUUCAUAUUCUAAUAAAUUAGAUUCUGGGUAAGUUUGAGUUGAUUCCUUUCUUCUUUUUCAACUUGCUGCUCAAGUUUGGCUGCAGCUGAAGCUCUUUGUUAUACUGUGAUCAAAUAAAAUGGGGGAAAUCAGAA